AUGGAUCGAGUUCACGCACUCAACCCCUUCGCGAAGAAGGAGACGCAUAGCGCCCGUACAAUCACCACAUACAAGGUUCUGACCAUCUUGUCGUGGCUCUUGUCCGUCAUCGUCUCGUUUUACUACGUUCUGUACACCCCUCAUGAUGGCUUUACCAUCCGCAAAAGCAUUUGGGACCAGAACCGCCUGUACCCCACGGCCUUCACCUUGAACUCCCUCAUUACCAGCAUCUACUGGAUCGUCCUCUUCAUUCUCCAGAUUGGCUACGUCGCUCACCUCUUCUCGAAGAACACCGACAAUGUUCAGGCCGCUGCCAGUGUUGGCAGCCACUUCAUUUUCAACAACCUGUUGCACUUUGCCUUCGUCAUGCUCUUCGUCCGCUCUCACUUUGCCUGGGCCGAAGUUAUCCUGAUCAUCAACUUUAUCAACUUGUCCUCGCUCUACUUCCGCCACAACACCUACCCCCGCUUCAUCCACGCGCCCGCCGUUGCCGGACCCCUCGCCUGGACCUUCGUCGCCAUCUACUGGAACGGCGCCAUCAUGGUGCACCACCCCGACUCCCUUGUGGCCCGUAUUUUCGGCAACAUCUUCAUCUGGUCCAUCCUGGCCUACGGAGGCUUCUUCAUUUUUGCCUACAAGGACUACACCAUCGGCUUCGCCCUCAGCGUCCUCGCAGCCUCCAUCGGUGUCGGCCAAUUCCUCCACCAGAUUGUCGCCUUCCAGUGGAUCUUCGCGUUCGUCAUCAUGUCGGUCCUCUUCGUUUCCACGCUCGCCGUCGCUGUGCCCGCCUGGACUGGCCGCGAGACCAACUGGGGCCGUGGCUCGGCUCCCGCUGACGUGGAGCGUGCUCCUCUUCUUGCUGACGACUAG